AAAUGAGUAUGAGUAUCGCAUCGCACCAAACAGCGACUAUCGCUGCAACAGAGUUGCCAACCAUCCACAAAACGUUGCUUUUAUAUUGUGCACGUUUUUGACCAAACAAGUUUGUUUACGAUUUCAACAAGUUUAGAGCAAUAAUGGGCGCUUUGGCAGAGUUGGCAGGUGAUGAGAAGAACGGCGAUGGCUCCCGCACUUUUGUGUUCAUGAACGAAAGUCACACGCUGGGCAACGCAUUGAAGACGAUAAUCGCGCGCUACCCGGAGGUGGAUUUCUGUGGCUACACGAUACCGCAUCCCACCGAGCAGAAGCUGCAUUUUCGCAUACAAUCGCAUCGCGAGCGUGCUAUAGAUUUGCUGAAGCGAGGACUGGAAGAUUUGGAGGCGUUAUGUGAUCAUACAAUAGAAACGUUUGAGAAGGAGAUAAAUAGCUUUAAUGCAAAGGAUGUGGAGAUUAAUUAAUACACAAAUACACUAUACAAUAACUAGA